AUGGCCCGUCCAUCCAGCUUGUCUUCAAUGUGCAACGCCUGCCGGCAACGCACCAUCACUUCUCGCCGCACCCUCACGACCACCUCCUCCCUCCGCGCCGACGACGUCCCCCCAAAGAGCAACAACCCCCUCCACAGCCUGCACCAAGACCUGCAACGCAAUCCAGCCAAACCCACCCCAUCCAGCACCACCACCUCCAACACCGAAUCCUGGACGGCCCGCAUCGCCGCCGACGCGCAAAAGCGUCGCGAAGCCGCCCGCCGAGCCGCUCAACUCCAAACCCCCGAAGCCGCCCCCUCGGCCACGACGCACUCGGAAGUGACGCGGCUGCUCAGCAACGCCAACGCCGAAGCCGGCACCCGGCCGGGAGCCGGCGUCCCCAGCAACGAGCCCUACCACCUGCACGUCUUCGCGCACAAGCACAACACGCACAUCACCUUCACGGAGCCGUCGCGGAACGUCAUCCUCUCCUUCAGCUGCGGCAGCAUCGGGCUGCGCAAGGCCCAGCGCUCCAGCUUCGAUGCCGCGUACCAGUUGGCGACUUACACGAUGAAGCGCAUGGCGCUGGUGAGCUGGCGGCAGGGCGGGAAGAAAUUGGUGGGGAAUCCGAUGAGGAGCUUGGCGAUGUUGAGGGAUGGGAGGAGCGGGCAGCCGGGGAUUGAGGUUGUGAUGAGGGGGUUUGGGCCGGGAAGAGAAGCGUUUCAGAAGGCGUUGUUGGGGACUGAGGGGGCCAAUGUCAGGAAGAGGGUCGAGAGGGUGACGGAUGCGACGAGGUUGAAGUUUGGUGGCACGAGGAGUCCGCAAGUCAGGCGGUUGGGUUGA